CCCACCGACGCAGCACCACAGUUUCUUUUAUUAAGAGAGGUUAAGGAUUAAAGUUGUCACGCAUUCUUCGUUCGUUCAAGAUUUUGAUAAGUUAUUAGAAAUGGCGAUGGUUGUCAAUAACAUGAUGGAGCGGCUUCCUGAUAGCUUUUGGUCUUGCUUGGUAUGUGCAGCAUCCGUUUUGUCUAUUCUGAUCGCAACUGGCGGUCCAUACUCUUUUGGAUUACUUCUGCCACCAUUAAUGGAUCAAUUUAACACAACAAGGCAAGAAACGGCAUGGGUUGGAUCCUUGAACACGGCCUGUGGCUACUUUCUUAACCCACUCAGUGUCCAUGUUACAGAUCGAUUUGGCUUCCGAGUUACCGCCAUUCUGGGAUCAGUGUCGAGCUUAAUAGGCCUGGGCCUGGCUUCUUUCUCUCCUCAGCUAUGGAUGAUGUACCCAACGUAUGGUUUUCUGACGGGAUUUGGAUGAACAACGAUCUACAGUGCAUCGAUACUGGUUGUUAUAAAGUAUUUUGUGAAAUGGCGUUCUGUGGCCGUUGGACUCGUUGCAUCGGCAACAUCGGUUGCCGUGUUUGCCAUAACGCAAAUUGUUCAAGCGCUGCUGAGUGACUUUGGCUGGAGAUGGGCCAUGCGAGGAAUGGCCGGUCUGUUUCUGAUGUGUGGUUUGUGUUCAGUCGUUUAUUUACCGAUCAACAAGGCAAAGGAGAGUCAUGAACAAAAUCUGGAUAACAUUGGGACAGUCAAGAAGAAGGAGUUUGAACUACAUGUACUCAAGAACCGCAAAUUUUUAGUAUUUUGCACGGCGAAUACACUUGUUAUGUUUGGUUACUACACUCCGGUUAUACACAUCAUCAAACAUUGUCAACAAGAACUCAAAAUACCUGAACAGCAAUCCUAUAUACUCUUUACUUACCUCGCUGGAGCGUCCGUUAUCAGUCGCCUUGUGUUCUGCAAGUUGGGAGACUUUCAAUGUGUCAACCGUCUCUUUCUUUAUCAAGUCUCCGUGGUGAUAUAUGGGAUAUGUGUGUUAUUGUUACCAUUUGUCAAAACGUUUAACUCAUUGGUGGUUAUACAUGUUGUUUUUGGGCUAAUGGAUGGGGGUGCAAUGGGUCAGUUCUCUCUUCUUAUCCUGGGCUGCGUCGGUCAAAGAAAAGUGAACCAAGGCUGCGGUUACGCCAUGUUCAGCAUAGGUUUUGGAGUUGGCACUGGACCUCCACUUGCAGGUUAUGUGGCGGACGAGAGUGGUUCCUACGCAAUGGCCUUUUAUUUAUCAGGAGUAGUGCUUAUAGUUGGAGCUGCUAUCACACUGCUGAUGAAGUUUGUAAAGCAACCAGCAGUAACCGAAGACCUUGAAGAGGUUAAAGUUCAAGAAAUAGGACUUUUAAUUGUAGAGAAAGUGACCGUUCUUUAAUUCGGCUCAGAGAAUAGAUAUGGUCUUGCCUGGUCAAUUAACUCAGAUUUCUCUCUCCUGGCCAGCUGUUAGGUACAUUCUGUGAUUGUCGCGUCAAAAGCAGGAUUUAGAAAUUUAAAUAAACGAAUGUUAACUAAGUCAAAAUUCAAUUGUCUGAAAAGCUGCCUCGGAAAGCGUGGCUCGUUUGAUGUUUUUCCAAUUCUAACAGUUCUAGAAUCUGAUCAGGACGAAAGUCUUCAACAUGUUUUAUUCAAUAAAGAGUUCGACCAGUUUUCACGACCUCAAGAAACUAGUAGCGAAUUAUUUAGCCGUACAAUUUUUAGCUUUGGAAAAUCAUUUGUCAGUUUCGCACGGUCCACUGGAGACUUUAGCUGAAGAACUGAGUACAUCUCAGUUAAUUGACAUAAUUUAAAAGUCUAGAAAAUUGAUCAAAAGAGCUUUUUAUUUUUACAACGGUUGCAUUACUGAAAUCAGCCAGAGAUUUGUCUUCAAAUAACAGUCCGAUUGAAGAAUAUAUAGACUAGUACUUUAUUCUCAUAUUCGACGGUAGAAGAGUCCAUCCAUGCAAAAUGAUAGCCUUUACCAAAAGCAUUCAAAUAAAAGGAGAAAAUCA